GUUUAAUAAUGUAAAAAUGGCUGUGAUAAAGAAUAUUUUCAUCAAUGAACAUUUUAAUAUGGUGGUUAUUCUUAAGAUUUCUAUAUUUCUGCUAUUAUCAUGGAUAUUUACUUUUUUCAAUGAUACAUGUUAUAUUAGUAUAAAUAUGAAGUGUGCGCGCAAGUCAGAUGGUAUGUACGGAAUAUGGAUGAAUCGUUUACUGUCAAAAAGUGAAUUGGAUGUUGGAUUAGAACCGAAUAAUAUAAAAGAAGGUAUAUCUCAAAACUAUGAGUGUAAUGAAUUAGAAAAUGAAUAUGAAGAUACAUCAAUAUAUAGGAGCUUAAAACGAAAUAAUUCAAAUCAUAUGUAUUCUUAUAGGAAAAAUUUUAAAAAUACUUAUGCAAAAAAAAAAGGAUUAAAAAAAUUAGAUUAUUAUUGCGAACGAAAAAUAUUCAAUAAUAUUGAUAAAAUAUAUAAACUUGCUGAAAAUGGAAAUUACGAUAAGAAGAAAUUAAAAAAUAUAUUAUAUAAAAAAUUUGGCUAUAAAAUUAUUUUUUUUGCUUUAUUAUCUUUACCUGGAUCAAUAGUUCAUAUAUUAUCUUGGGCUAAGGUGGAUUUUAAAUUAGGAAAUAAUCUAUGUGUGUUGAAAUCUCUAAUACCUGGUUUAAGUGACGCAUUUUUCGGAAUAUAUUGCAGUAUAUUUUUGUUAACAAUUAUUUACAUCUUCAUUAAAAUAGUAAAAUAUGAAAAAUUAAAAGCGGGAAAAGGUCAAAUGAAUAGAAAAGAAUAUAUUUGCUUCUGUAAAAAGGUUUUUAACAUAAAUUAA